UCUCCUGCUGCCAGGCCUCCCCGGGUCUCUCGGCGGGAGGGAGGCAGAAAUCCGGGGUUCCUGCUUGGCAGUGGAAGGGGGGGGGGAGGCAGGAUCCCCUGUAGGACCUCGAGUAGUACUCCAGAGCCCAUCAUCCCCACCCCCUUCCUCCUAGCCUUCCCCAGAUGGGCUUGGGCAUGGUUCCCAGCCGCCCAUCAUCCCCAGCCAACAUGCUCCCUUCCUUUUCUCCCAGCAUCUCAACCCCUUCCUUUCUUCCUAUCGACUUCCGGACUUAUGCAACUGCACCUCCCAUCAUCCCCAGCCCGCUUGCCCUUCUUUCCUGGACUACAGCCCCCAUCGUCCCAAGCCCUUUCCCUUUCUGCAGCUCCCAUUAUCCCCAGCCAUGACAGCCUCUUUCCCCUGGAGAUGGGCUCUUCUGCCUCUCCCAUCAUCCCCAACCCGCGAGACCUCCAGACAGCGGCGCGAUCCAGAUGCUUAAGGACUAAAAAAACCCAUCAUCCACAGACCUCUCUCUCUCACACACACACACCGCCCUCAAAAGUGAAUAAUACUCAUUCACAAAGCCAAACUGUUUCUUUGGUAAGGCAGGAUCGCCAAAGCUAAGGAGUCCUCGACCUACAACUCAUUUAGCGACUGUUCAAAGUUACGACGGCACUGGAGAAAAGGGGACUUCGGACCUUAAUGACCUUGGAAGCAUCCCCCAGGAUCUUGUGAUCCAAAAUCAGAGUGGGAUCUGUUCCCAGAUGGAUGGUGACCCCUGAACCCGCUUCGACCGCCGCCAGCCUCUCGGUAGAGUCCAAGGCUUCGCCAUGUGGCACAAGGCCCUGUGUGUGGCUGUGUUGGCCCUGGCCACCGGCUCUGUCUUCUGGCUGGAUCCCGCUUGGCCGGAUUUCCUGUGGGAGCAUCUCUCGGGGCCCUUCCUGUACCAACUUCGGGGGGACCUGGGGUCCCCAGAAGGCAGCAUGGCAGAGGCCUGGGAUGCCGUCAUCACCCGGCCGGCCAAGCAAUGGAACAGAGUUGCUGUGGGGGUCAAUGCCUGUGUGGAUGUGGUGCUCUCCGGGGUGAAGCUGCUGCAGGCCCUCGGCUUCCGCGGUGAGGUUGGGAAAGACCAUUCGGUCUUGCGUUCCGCUGCUGAACUGGAAGAAGCCUUCGUCCAUUUUAUGGGGAAGGGGGCUGCUGCGGAACGGUUCUUCAACGACGCCGAUGCCUUCCACCGCAUCGCGCAAACGGCGUCCAGUUAUCCUGGCGCACAGUUGUAUGUUGGAGGAAAUGCUGCUCUCAUUGGCCAGAAAAUCGCAUCUCAUCCAGACUUAAAGGUUCUACUUUGUGGCCCAAUUGGGCCCAAGCUUCACGAAUUGCUUGACGAGAACGUAAUGGUCCCUCCGGAAUCACUGCAAGAAUUAGAUGAAUAUCAUCUUAUUUUGGAAUACCAAGCAGGUGAAGAAUGGGGAGAGCUGAGAGCCCCCAACGCCAACCGAUUCAUCUUCUCCCACGACCUGUCCAACGGGGCCAUGAACAUGCUAGAAGUCUUUGUAUCCAGCCUGGAGGAAUUUCAGCCAGAUCUGGUGGUGCUUUCGGGCUUCCAUAUGAUGGAAGGUCAGACCAGAGAGCUACGCCAGAGGAGGCUCCGAGAGGCCGUAACUUCCAUUUCUGACAUUCCCACCGACGUCCCGAUCCAUCUGGAAUUAGCCGGUAUGACCGAUCCAGACCUCAUGAGAGACAUAAUUCACCAGCAGAUCUUCCCUCUCGUGAGCUCCAUCGGUUUGAACGAGCAAGAGCUGCUCUUCCUCACCCAGGCAGCCUCGGGACCUCACUCCUCGUUGGCCUCCUGGAACGGCGUCCCCGACGUGGCCGUGGUCAGCGACAUCCUUUUCUGGAUCUUGAAAGAACACGGGAGGACUUCAGCCAAGGCUUCGGGACUUAACCCGAUCCACUUCCAUACUUUGGCCUACCACCUCCUGGUUACCGUGGAUGGGUAUUGGGCCAACCAGGUGGCGGCGGUGGCUGCCGGAGCCAGGGUGGCGGGGACCCAAGCUUGUGCCACCCAGAUCAUUGACGCCGACAAAGUCUUCCUGAAGGCACCACUGGAGUUUGCCACUUCCAAGACGGACGGGGCCUCCAGAGUCUCCUUAAACCCAAAGGAGCCCAUAUCAGUGUGGCGCCGGAAUGGCAUCUCCUUCCAUUACACCCCGGUGCUGGUGUGUAAAAGCCCCCUGCGGACUGUGGGCCUCGGAGACGCCAUCUCUGCCGAAGGACUCAUGUAUUCCGAAGUCUAUCCUCACUAAGCACUGAAUAAAGAGAUCGCUCCAAAAUUCGGACCAAGCAGGUUACAGACUGGACAUCAGAUGGGACCAGGAACCAGAGCUGGGAAGAGGGGAACAAUAAAUGCGAUCCAGAACUUGGAUUUAUUGCCAUAGGAAUGUUUGCAACGCAACGGUCAGGGAGGAAGGUUCAUCUGAAGGAGCUGCAGCGAGAAAGCAAAGCGCUCUAUUUAUUUUUGAUUAAGUCCAUUUAAUUUGCUAUGAUUUCUAAAAAGACUCGCCAUCUUCAGGCUGGUGUUUUCGGCUUAAAGCGUGGUCGGAGCUGCCAUCUUUCUAUAAAUCUUGG